CUCUUCCCGCUGUGGAGAGGCGCGACUGGGCUUGCGCAGUGUCGACGCCAGCGCCGGCGCGCCGGGGUUUGAAAGGCCCAAGCCUCGCGCGCUUGCGCGCUUCAGCCCGCGCAGGGCGCACCCCACCCCCUCCCACCCUCCCUGCCUCUCGGACCCCAGACCCUACCUCAUCCUUCUGGCCAGGCGAAGCCCACGACGUUGACAUGCCGGAGAUCCGCCUCCGCCAUGUCGUGUCCUGCAGCAGCCAGGACUCGACCCACUGUGCAGAAAAUCUUCUCAAGGCAGACACUUACCGAAAAUGGCGGGCAGCCAAGGCAGGCGAGAAGACCAUCUCUGUGGUUCUACAGUUGGAGAAGGAGGAGCAGAUACACAGUGUGGACAUUGGGAAUGAUGGCUCAGCUUUUGUGGAGGUGCUGGUGGGCAGUUCAGCUGGAGGCGCUGGGGAGCAAGACUAUGAGGUCCUUCUGGUCACCUCAUCUUUCAUGUCCCCUUCUGAGAGCCGCAGUGGCUCAAACCCCCACCGCGUUCGCAUGUUUGGACCUGACAAGCUGGUCCGGGCAGCCGCCGAGAAGCGCUGGGACCGGGUCAAAAUUGUCUGUAGCCAGCCCUACAGCAAGGACUCCCCCUUUGGCUUGAGUUUUGUACGGUUUCAUAGCCCCCCAGACAAAGAUGAGGCAGAGGCCCCGUCCCAGAAGGUGACAGUGACCAAGCUCGGCCAGUUCCGUGUGAAGGAGGAGGAUGAGAGUGCCAACUCUUUGAGGCCGGGGGCUCUCUUCUUCAGCCGGAUCAACAAGACAUCCCCAGUCACAGCCAGCGACCCAGCAGGACCCAGCUAUGCAGCUGCUACCCUCCAGGCCUCUAGUGCUGCCUCCUCAGCCUCUCCAGUCUCCAGGGCCAUAGGCAGCACCUCCAAGCCCCAGGAGUCUCCCAAAGGGAAGAGGAAGUUGGAUUUGAACCAAGAAGAAAAGAAGACCCCCAGCAAACCACCAGCCCAGCUGUCGCCAUCUGUUCCCAAGAGACCUAAAUUACCAGCUCCCACUCGUACCCCAGCCGCAGUGCCAGUCCCUGCCCCAGCACAGGGGGCAGUGACAGGCAAGCCCCGAGGAGAAGGCACCGAGCCCAGACGACCCCGAGCUGGCCCAGAGGAGCUAGGGAAGAUCCUUCAGGGUGUGGUAGUGGUGCUGAGUGGCUUCCAGAACCCAUUCCGCUCUGAGCUGCGAGAUAAGGCCCUAGAGCUUGGGGCCAAGUACCGGCCAGACUGGACCCAGGACAGCACGCAUCUCAUCUGUGCCUUUGCCAACACCCCCAAGUACAGCCAGGUCCUAGGCCUGGGAGGCCGCAUCGUGCGUAAGGAGUGGGUGCUGGACUGUCACCGCAUGCGUCGGCGGCUGCCCUCCCGAAGGUACCUCAUGGCAGGGCCAGGCUCCAGCAGCGAGGAGGAUGAGGCCUCUCACAGCGGCAGCAGUGGAGAUGAAGCCCCCAAGCUUCCUCGAAAGCGCCCUCAGACCAAAACCAAACCCACUCAGGCAACGGGACCCAGCUUACCCCAGAAGCCCCCAUCCCCUGAAGAGACCAAAGCAGCCUCACCAGUGCUCCAGGAAGAUAUAGACAUUGAGGGGGAACAGUCAGAAGGACAGGACAACGGGGCGGAAGAUUCUGGGGACACAGAGGAUGAGCUGAGGAGGGUGGCUGAGCAGAAGGAACACAGACCACCCCCUGUCCAGGAGGAGAACGGGGAAGACCCGUAUGCGGGCUCCACGGAUGAGAACACGGACGAUGAGGAACACCAGGAGCCACCUGAUCUGCCAGUCCCUGAGCUCCCAGAUUUCUUCCAGGGGAAGCACUUCUUCCUUUACGGGGAGUUCCCGGGUGAUGAGCGGCGGAAACUCAUCCGAUAUGUCACCGCCUUCAAUGGGGAACUCGAGGACUAUAUGAGCGACCGGGUUCAGUUUGUGAUCACGGCACAGGAAUGGGAUCCCAGCUUUGAGGAGGCCUUGAUGGAUAACCCCUCCCUGGCAUUUGUUCGUCCCCGAUGGAUCUACAGUUGCAACGAGAAACAGAAGUUACUUCCUCACCAGCUCUAUGGAGUGGUGCCACAGGCCUGAAGUAUGUGCUACACACACACACACACACACACACACACACACACACACACACACGAUGCAUUUAAUAAAGAUGAGUUGGUUUGGA